GUACAAGCAGUAGUCCAGUCUCGACUUGGUCACACAAUCAUACAGUCGUGUUAUGCAGAACCGGAUGCAUCUGACUGGUUCAAUGUUCGUGUCGAUGAACUCGGUGAAAUUGCUGCUUAUAUGCGCGCAAAUAUUUCUCGUUAUCCGCCUGCAUCCAGCUGUGUAGGACUGGAAUUCUUGUUGAGUAAUGUCGAAGGUGAUAUUCUUCCGUUAGAAUCAUGGUGUGUACGUUUCGAUUCAACAGUUGUCGAUGCAUCCGUUAAUAUUCGAACUAAAUUAUAUCAUCAAUUGGGGACAAUGUUAAAGUCAGCAAUCGCUGCGUCUCGUGUCACUCCCACUUAUCGGUACUACGCUCGAAAACAAAGUCCUGAAACGUUCAUCAUCCUCUACAGGGUAUGUGAAGGUGAACCCCAACUAGAUUUAGGUGAAGGUCAACGAAAAUUUCGAAUUGGGGUGGUUUCAUCACCAUUUGGAUCCUUAUGUGUUGAGUUGUCAUACCGCACUCGACUGGAGAUUGAUCCGUCAACGAGAUGCAAUGAAGGUUUGGAAGUGAAGAGUUCUCCUCACAGAAGUCAUUCGAAUUCGCCAACAUGUCCAACCGACAUUCCUUUCGGAGUUGUUCCAGUAACCGGGGGUGUUUUGGAGGCCGUCAGUCCUGUUUCAGAUAUCAUAAACAACUUCAAUACAAGCCCCACCGGUCGGAGUGAUGUCGUCUUUGAAACAAAUUCUCCACAGCGAACAAAUUUUUGUUUGGGUCAUUCGUUAUCGUCAUCAGACGAAUCGCUCAGUCACCAGCGUCAUUUCGAAACGUAUUCAAGUGACGAACCCAUUUUUGGAAUGGAGUCGAGCAGCAGUCCUCAGUCAAGUAGUAGUGCUCCACUGCGUUCUUUUACAACACAAGUUCUACAACAACGCAACCACUCAUUUCCGUUCGCAGCUCUUUUGACGGCCACGUCUUCAAACGUAGAUAAUGACGAACAUUCUUUCCAGUCGUCCGAUAUCAACAUUAGCACUGCAAAUUGCAGUACACCAGUGUUUGAAUGGAACAACCUACCGAAAUGUGCUAGCAAUGAAAGAAAAAGUUUAGUGACAGUGACAACAACAGCGACAUGUAUGCGCCAAAGUGCAACUGUACCCGUUGAUGUCAAUUUGAUGCGAUCGAGUACCACUGAUGCGAAGAUAUUGAAUGGUCACAGUCAGAAUCAUGCCUCUGCUGAUGAUGAAGAUGUGUUGAGCGAAGAUGAAGGAUACGUGAAGGUCGCGUUUGCUAAUUCUGGAAUGAUGGAUGUUGAUCUUGGUGAGUUCGUAAAGGAGUGUCGUUUAGCUCCGUUACAUUUAUCCGGUUUCCAAACGGAUAACCCGGCUUCCAUUCCGAGCUUGCUAGCCGAAUUCGAAAGCCAUCAAGAAAUGUUCGACAGUUUCGUUUCCAAAAUGCGAACCCAACUGAAUGAAGAAGAAGCGUAG